GCGCCGCAGCCGCCGUCCCCGCCCGGGCCGGAGGGGUCUUCGCAGGCCCCGAUAGUGGUGGCUGCCGCAAGUGCCUGCGCGGGCUGUCUGGCGGCUCGGCCGCGGCCGGAGCGGGGCAGGGGAGGCGGGAGAGGGGGGAGCCGCCGUGGCAGCAGGCGCUCGGCAGGGCAACACUGCCAAGCGAAGGCCCCCGCGGGCAGCUCGUCGCCCCUGGCAACGGGCGAAGCGGCGGCGGGGCCGGGCCGGGUCGGGGUCAGGGUCGGGGUCAGGGUCCGGGUCAGGGUCCGGGUCAGGGUCCAGGGGCCGCUCGGCGCCAUGGCCGCGCAGGUGGUGGUGGUGGGAUCCUGCAUGACCGACCUGGUCAGCCUUACUACACGAUUGCCAAGAGCUGGAGAAACUGUCCUUGGACAUAAGUUUUUCAUUGGUUUUGGUGGGAAAGGAGCCAACCAGUGUGUCCAGUCUGCUCGACUUGGGGCCAACACCUCACUGAUCUGCAAGGUUGGGAAGGAUUCCUUUGGCAAUGAUUAUGUUGAAAAUUUGAAGAAGAAUGGUAUUUCUACAGCAUUUGUAGAUCAGACUACAGAUGCUGCUACUGGAACUGCUUCAAUAAUUGUCAACAGUGAAGGACAGAAUGUUAUUGUCAUAGUCCCAGGAGCCAACCUGCUUUUAAAUUCUGAAGACCUGAAGAGGGCUUCUGAUGUCAUCUGUAAAGCCAAAGUGCUUGUUUGCCAGCUAGAAAUAACCCCUGCUGUUUCUCUUGAAGCUCUGAAAAUGGCACGUGCCAGUGGAGUAAAGACUUUAUUUAAUCCAGCUCCAGCCCUUGCUGACCUAGAUCCACAGUUUUAUAUCUAUUCUGAUAUCUUCUGCUGCAAUGAAACUGAGGCAGAAAUUUUAACGGGCAUCCCAGUUGGCAACCUUGAAGAUGCUGAAAAGGUGGGACGCAUGCUGUUAGAAAGAGGGUGUAAGCUUGUAAUUGUUACUCUUGGAGCAGAAGGCUGCAUGAUGAUAUCAGUAGAAGAACCCAUUCCAAAGCACGUUCCUGCUGGGAAGGUCAGGGCUGUGGACACUACGGGAGCUGGAGACAGUUUUGUGGGAGCACUGGCCUUCUACCUGGCUUACUAUCCCAAGUUAUCCAUGGAGGAAAUGAUCAGGAAGUCUAACUGCAUCGCAUCAGUAAGUGUCCAGGCAUCAGGGACACAAUCUUCAUAUCCUUACAGGAAGGACUUGCCUCAGGACCUUUUCUAAUUGAUUGUCUAGAUCACUGUGCUGAUUUUAUCUCAUACCAGACAGCAUUAUUCUCCUAACUGCAAGGAGGUUCUCCUCUGCUGACUGGAAAGGCCAGAAAAGUCUCUUUGCUUCUUAUUUCAGGAAUCCGGUGUUCCUGUUCUACAGUAGUAAGAUGGGGUGGGGGUGGUGGGUCUUUCAAACACAGCACAGCAGGUCUCUCUGGCCCCACACAGCCUUUGGGCUUGUGGCUGUCCCACACAAUGCACUGAACUACAUGAAGUUUACAGCAAAACACCUGGAGGGUAUUGGGCUCCUGGCAGUAUUUUUACUGAUUUUAUCAGAGCUUCUGAUGGGCAAUGGCAGCACAUGAAGCAGAGUGUUAGCUUUGAGACUGCAACUUCAGUACUCAGCUGCAGACGCCAAGGCCAGCACGCGGCUCUCAACAAAGCACCGUCCGUCAAGCCCGGGCACAUCUAUGCCCGCUCGCCUCAGAUGCAGCACUGUAACUCCCCACAUUCUGGAAGGUGGAGGAAGGUCCCUCCAAAUGAAAAGAGGACAAGAGUGCUACUGGAGGCAGAUUUUGAAAAAUGUUUCUAGCCAUAUUGUUCUAAACACAGGCAAGCUAAUUAAGGAAGAAAAGCUUCCAAAAACAUCAGAGAAGUAUUUUGGUUUCGUCAUGUUUGACAAAAACCCAGGAGUGAAAAAUCCAUCCUACUAACCUGGCUGAAAAUAAUAUAGCCCUUUUAGCUAUGGUCAUAGCUUAUCCAAAAACUCAUCUUACGUGACUAGGUUCUCAUUGCUUUUUUUCCUCAGAAGGAGCUGGUGCAACAUUACCCCUCCAAGGAAUGACACCAGCUUAUGGUCACUACUGUCACAUCUGUGGCUGGUAGGUUAGAAAAACUUGCAAUCCUGCCACUGAAUUCCUGCUGUGGAAAAUGUUAAUUUUUAUUGCUUUAUAAAACAAUAGUUCCUUUGAAGAUUACAGCCUCUUUCACAAUGGAAAACACAGACAAUGGGAUUUGCUAUUUAAUUUUUUUUUAAUUGAGUACUGUAAAAAUAACUCAAAAGAUAAAUAAAUGUUACUGUGAUGAUCUAUGUCCAGACAUUAAGAAUUUUCUCUCUCUACAUUGUUUUAUUCACAAUGGCCUUCAAAUCACAGGAGACGGUGAUCCCAGUUCAUUUCCUCUCUUUUCAGCCCAUGUUGCUGGAUUUCUGAAUCAGUGUUCACCCCGUCCUCCCCCCAGACCAUCUUCUCCUCAUGUAUAAAUCAAGUCCAGUCACUGUUCACAUAGAGCGGAUUUUUCUCUUCUCUGUGAAGAGGACACGUUGUUUUGCUAUAGGGGAAGAAAAAGAACUUGUUAAGAAGCCUGAAGUGUUAAAAAAAAGGAGCCCACGUCCCUUUUCCCCUGGCUGCCUUCACUGCUUAAAUGAGUGUGGAGCAACUGACUGGCACAGCACUGUUGUUAACCAACUCUUGAAGGAAUUUAGUAGCGCUUUCACUUUACCACAUGUAAUUUUUAGUUCCUAAGAGGUCCACCUCUGUGAGAAUAAGUAUCAGGAUUGGAAUGACUGAAAACAUUCAACAGCUGCUCUGUGUGACUACUCUGAGUCACAGCUGCUCCGUACAGGGACAAAAAUAGGUUCUUACUGCUUUCUACUACUUUUCAACUCCAGAGCCCAAACAACUACAGUUGAUGAGCUGGAUAUAGCUGAUCUCACAGUCUGCCUGAGAAGUUAACGAGGUGUCCUGUGGAUCUCUCAACAGGGGCACAAACUGACCCUGCCCCUAGCACCUGAUGCAGAUGUUGGCAAAGUCACUUCAGCUACUGGUUAAGCAUAGUCAAUACGUUACUAAAACCCCAAAACUGCAAAAUAAAUUAAAGCAAAGCUUUUUAGUGUCA